AUGCAUCCCUUCCGGCGCACACAUGUAUACCCCAAAUAUACCCUGUAUACCCCAGAGAUCCACGGAUCCAAGUCAACCGCAGACGUGGUCGAGAGGUCUUUAGUGAUGGAAAAAGAGGAGUUCAAGACCGGGCGAACCGUGGUAGUGACUGUCUACGCCACGUGGUACACAAGAACAUACGAGGACGGCAAUCGCCAGCCCUAA